AUGUCCAAGAAAGCAGGCACUCCUGCUUACGCGCCGGUCUACGUGGAGAGCAAGCUCUUAAAGCUUGACGACGUGUCGGUCGCCCAUGAUUCCGGCCAUCGGGACGUCGAUGAGGAUCGUGUCCUGGAGUUGUAUGAGAAGGUGAUUUUGGCCGGUCGUUGGGGCCAGGCUUCGUUGUCCCGACCGAAGCUGAGGUAUGAUCCUGCUGGUCGUCCUAUGGCCGCAUCUGAUGGCCGGUCGAAGCUGGCAGAUGGCAAGCACUGUAUCGCAGCGUUGAAGAAAGCUGCUGAGACGGUCGCUCAGUCCGAUGAUGCAACGCAGCUCGAGUGGUACACAGGUGAGAUCAAGGACAUUCUGACGGUCGGAAUGCGUUUUGAUUGCAUCAAAUUCUCGGAUGAUGAUGAGGCGGCGGUCAAGCUCUUCUACACCAUGGCCCAUGAGCAGGAGGCCAACAAGUUGCGGACGACGUCGGUCGAGCACAAGAUCAAACUUGUGCGUGCUUAUGUCGCCAAAGACGCCGAGAACGCCAUGGUGGAAAUUUUGGGCAAGUCACGCCGGUCAACAAUCCACAACUGGUGCAAAGGACUUGUUUUCACGAACAAGUACUUCGUCGGUCAAGGAGAAGAGACACGCUUCCUCCUGGAACCCGAGCAGCAGAUUGCUGCUCUGCAGCUUUUCUAUGACUUCUGUGACGGUCGCGGGACGGUCUCUUCCAUACCGACCUUCAUGUCUGACUUUUGUGCCCCAAUGUUGAAGGCACAGUUGUGGUGUCAGUUGGUCAUGAAGAAGUACUCGUCGGUCGUGAGCCGCCUACCAGCGUAUGACCGCUGUCAGAAGAUGCUGUGGAGUGAGCGUGGACGGACGUGCAUGCGUCUUGGCGUCGGUCUGUCUGGUGACCCGAAGAUCGAGGGCAGUGGCAUCCCUGAGUGUGUGUCGGUCCUCCAAGGGUUGAAGAAUCUGGCCGCUGGUCGUGCAGUGGAUGAAGCCGAAAGUGCUGUGGAUGCGGCCAAAGCAACGGUCACAGAGCACAAGCUGGUCGUUGAGGGGGGAGACGACGAGUCUGGGAUCUUGGCUGACGACAGCACGAUGGAGGCCCCACUGGUGGAGAAGGAUCCUGUUCUUGAAAAAGCUGAGGAGCUCGGCUUGUCGGUCCGCUCCAACAUUCAUCUGUUUCAUGACAUGAAGACCUUUGGUGAUGGCUUCGUCGGUCUAUGCCGGGCGACGACCCGUGGCGGCAUUUACAUCGAUGAGGCCACGUCGAAGGCCAAGAUCAUUUUGGGGGACAUGGCAGAGUUGUGGAAGGUCGUCACGUCGGUCGUAGAUCGGCAAUACGUGUCCAUGGGCAUCUUCUGUGGAAAGCGCCACGACUUAGUGACGUUGGUCGUGACAGGGACGGUCGACCCUCCAUUGAAGCGCCUUCGAGUCAAAACCUUCUUGAAAAACUUAGAUCAGAGCCGGUCGCGAUGGAAGCAGAUGUCAAAAAAGGAGAAACAACCCUUUGUGGACGCGGCGGUCAAGGAUCACAGAAAGCACAACGCCCUCAAGAGGGAGCUCGCUCAUCCUCCAGUGGAAGUCGACUCGCCGGUCAGAGACCCGAAGCCUGAGAAUGAUAGUGACCAGCAGCCACCGGUCGAUGAGAACCUCGUCAAUGAAUUGAGGUUCUCCUUUGAAGGCAUGGCACUUUCCAGUCGGUCGACCCUGGGACAAGGCGCCCAUGGCACAGUUUACCGCUGUGAAAACUUGAUGGGAACGGAGUUCGCAGUGAAGUUGCCGGUCGGCAGCAGGGACGUGAAGAGGGAGCUAGACGUUCUCCUCAGUCUACGCCACCCAGCCAUCCUGCAUUGUUAUGGGCCAGUCAUGUCGGUCGACGGAGGUCUCGUGGGCCUUCUUUUGGAGUAUGUGCCGGUGACAUUGGACGCUUGGCUGAAGACGCAGCCCAAGGCCGCAAAGUGCCCACACAAAUGGCAUCUGAUGGUCGAUCUUGCACAUGGACUCCAGUAUCUGCACUGUCACAAGCUUGUGCACUGUGAUGUGAAGCCACAGAACAUACUUGUCGGUCCUGCCCCCCAUGUUCGAGCCCGCUGGGCAGACUUCGGCCUCACUGAGCCGGACGAUGGGAGAGCAGAUCCCUUCCAACACCAGUAG